AUCCACUCAUACACAACCUCUAUAAAUCUCUCACAUACAACUACAUCCUUAACCUCACAAACCAAAACAUCACAAAAAUGGCCACAACCAUCAAAAACAAGACACUUUCCGGCGUCGGAAACCUCAUAAAACUCCUUCCAACCGGCACUGUCUUCACUUUCCAGUUCCUAAACCCGGUCCUAACCAACAACGGCCAUUGCACCACCAUCAACAAAUACCUAACCUCGAUCCUCAUCGCUCUUUGCGGCCUCUCUUGCAUCUUCUCCUCCUUCACCGACAGCUACGAAGACGAAGAGGGAUCUACCCGCUACAUAAUAGCCACUCCCAAAGGUAUCUGGCCAUCCCCAGAAAAAUCUUCUAGUGUUGACGUCUCAAAGUACAAGCUUCGGGUUGGAGACUUUGUGCAUGCGGCUUUCGCGGCUGUGGUUUUCGCGGUUGUGGCUUUGUUGGAUGAUAAUACUGUUCAGUGUUUGUACCCUGAGUUUGAGACGAAUGAGAAGAUGUUGAUGAUGGUGGUGCCUCCGUUUAUUGGGACGGUUUCGGGGUCGGUUUUUAUGAUGUUUCCUAAUACUCGUCAUGGGAUUGGGUACCCACCUUCACCUACAAGCCAGAGCCAAGGGGACAAGUGAGAUAUACAUAUUACUAUGUGUAUAAUGUUAUUUGUGUGAGAUUUUAUGCUCAAAGGAGCAUGCAUGCAUGUUGUUUUAUGCUAUGUGUUUGUUAUCAUGUUUGGGUUUGAAGUGUGACAUGAAUUGUUUUUUUUUUAAGUUUGAAAUUUGAGGAAUGUGUUUGAUGAAUAUAGUGACUAUAUAUGUUAAGUUGUUGGUUAA